AUGGGGUCCAGCACGUCAAAACCCGAGCAAUCGGGCUAUCAGUGGAAAGCCUCAGGCACGCCUGGCGUUUCCAUGCCCGUCCUCGACUCUCUGCAGUCCAGUCCCGAGACUGACGCCUCACGUGCCAAGCUGCUCGAGCAGCAGGUCCACGCCCGCGUCGCCGAGGAGCUCAAGAAGCUGCAGAAGCGCGAGGCCGAAGCCCUCGCCGCCGCCCACGACAAAAUCGCCUCCGCCGCCCCCUCUUCCGACGACGCCACCACCACCAACCGGUUCACCGUCGGCAAGGAGGUCGACGCCCUCCGCAAGAAGCUCGAGGAGCGCAAGCAGGUCCGCGCGCUGCCCGAGGAGGUGGAGCGCGCGCGCGGCAGGGUCGUCGAGUGCCUGCGCGUCAACGACCGCCGGCCGCUGGACUGCUGGCAGGAGGUGGAGGACUUCAAGGCCGAGGUGCAGAAGCUGGAGCGGUCGUGGGUCGACAAGGUGGUGUCGUGA